UUUGACAAAUGAUAUCUUGCAAACCCAUUGUACUUACUCGAAUGUACAAACUCGAAACCUGUGACGACUAAAGACUGAUAAUACAAAGGGCGUGACGCCAUAGAGAUAAUCUCGCGCCAUAGCCUCAAGAAACGACACAUGAAUCUGGCGUACAUGUGAUCUUGCCAUGUACAUGAGCCGUUUUUAAUGUGGUAAAAUGCAGUCGUACAACCGGCGGAACACGAACCAUUUGCGUAUGACUCUGUCCUUCGGAGACCAUCAAAGCUACUCAUCGGCGUCCAUACACCUCACGUCACCAAAGUGAGAAUUGACUAAUAUAAAGCCAGGCCAUGGGCACCGUAAAAGCACAUCAUCACAAGCAAUCAGCACCCCUCUUGAACACGAUCAAAACACAGCUUCUAUUGCACAUCAACCAUUUAUUCGUCUCAAGAAAAUGACUAAACUUCUCAUCUCCGCUCUCCUCGCAGGCCUUGCCCUCGCCACUCCCACCGCCCCGAAUAGCGUCCGUAUCAACGAGGUUGUCGAGAAACCUGACCCCCUCGCCGACCUGCGGGACGCGCAGGACACGCGCAUCUCUGCCGUCGCCAACACGUUCCUCGACAAGACGGGCACCAUCUUCGGCCUGACCCAGUACCUCUAUCUCGACGAGUGCUACUACCUGCCCAACCUGGCGGCCGAGGUCACCUGGACCAAGGACGCAGGCGUGAACCUGAACUAUCAAGUCAUCUUCUGGACCGGCCGCGACUGCGACGGCGACCUGCUCGUCCCCCACAGCUCCGAAAAGUACGACAUCAGUCACUACUACUCCGUCUCCAUUGACGCGGCUGACUACUCGGAGCCGCCCACCCCACCGGGAAACAGGACUGCGACUACCGCGCAGCAGGGCCGCCGGCCGGACACGGUGGUGGACAGGAGGCCACUUGAGGCUAGAAGGAGGACUAGGACUGGAGAGUAAAGACUCCCCAAGCCCCCACAGGGCACGAGAGAGACAAGACAGCUUUGCGGC